AUGACUCUUCCAGUUUUGGUGGUUAUGUUAGUUUUGACAGGUUUGGUGGAUCAAGGGGAGGGCACCAUGUGUGCAAGCACCUUCUUCUCAUCUAUUGUUCAGCUAAUACCUUGCAGAGCAGCAGUUGUUCCUUUUAGCCCCAUCCCACCAAGUGAGACUUGCUGCAAUGCCCUCAAAGCUCUUGGCCAGCCUUGCCUAUGUGUGCUUGUCAAUGGCCCUCCGAUUUCUGGCGUCGAUCGUACCAUGGCAAUGCAGCUCCCUGAGAAGUGCACUGUCAACUUUGAACCAUGUACUCUCUAG